AUGGCAAGAAUACGAUUCCGCUUAUCAAGUGGAUACACUAAUCCAAAUUCUGGUCUCGUGGUGAAGAAAAUAUGGCAUGCUGGACUGACCGAGAUCGAAACAUCCUCGUACUUCAUCCGAGUCAACAUCUCGGUAGAGAUGUUACAGCCGUUCCUUAACUUGACACUGACGAGUUCAGAGAGAACUGGAAGUCAGUUUAAGAUUGCGGCCAAUCUUGUGCAUGAGCUUGCUCUCCACAAACGAGAGACAACUCCAGAGCUUGCUGAUCUGGCGGCAGAGCCAUACGUUGAGGACGAGGUUCUGUCUGAGCUGGGAUGGUCACUCGAAGACAAGCUAUGGAACGGUGAGCCAUUCGAAUUACUACCCCCCGAAUAUAGCAUUGGUGGACCUGGUCUCACUCAUGCAGGCUUCACGAAACCCAAUGUAGAUGUCAUUCACGAGUUCUCAGGACGCGGUCUUCGCUUAUUUACUCGGGGACUAACUUGCCAACGACAGUGGUUCACGGAUAAGCACCAGAAUUACAGCGAUGCGCCAGCACUUGACAAUGCGCACUACAUCUCAGAACAUGAUGACCCCUAUUACCAGUUUACCUACGAUCCAGUCCCAACAACUUGGUUAAAGUUACUCUGUUCUUCGAGUCUGUGGAACGUUCAUGUUCAUCAGUUUGGACUGGACACGACAAGGAUGUGGCCAUGCUAUAUCGGUACCGUGACUCAACAUGCACCUGGAGACACGUCCCAUUCUUGCAUCAAAUUGAUCCGAAUACGUCAAGAUCUGAAUAGUAUGAUUAUCAGCAGAUCUAUGAGCCAAGCCGAAAUAUCAGCGCGAGAAACAGAAAAUUGCCGGCAAGCUAAGGCCAGCUCGAUUCUCAGUCGAAUGAGCUCUUUGAUAAAGCCUGACACCCCUGGGCCUGGACCACCAGAUACACCAAAUGUGCCAAGUCGACGCGCCUACACUUGUUCAAGAUACCAGGAGAUUACUAAAUACUUGUUCGAGAAUCAAGCACCUGGGGAGUGGCUCUCAACACCAUGGCCUUCCAAUGCCUGA